AUGGGAACACAGCAAAACCUUUUGCCUGAACUAAGUGCCGACCGACCGCUUUUUCGUUUAUGCCGACGAGGGCCAAUCGAGCCACUGCAUAGGGUUGGAGACAUCCAAUAUAAGACCAUAAGGAGACGCUUCCACUUGAAUUGCAAGAGAAACACGAGAGGAUGGAGGAAUCGAGUAUGCCCCUGAAACCACAUUGCUUGAUUCUAUCAUACCCAUCCCAAGGCCACAUCAACCCCAUGCUCCAAUUCGCCAAGCGUCUCCUCCACAAGGGAGUCAAAGUCACCCUUGUCACCACCAAAUCCAUCUCCAAGACCCUGCAUGGAUCCUCCACAUGCACCUCGAUCCCGCUUGAGGUGAUCUCCGAUGGCUUCGACAGCGGUGGCAUUGGGGCCGCGGGUAGCCCCGAAGCCUACCUCGAGCGCUUCUGGAAGGUCGGACCUGAGACUUUGAGCGAGCUGGUCGAGAGGCUAAUCUUCAGAGGCCCACCACCGACUUGCAUCGUCUACGACUCUUUCUUGCCUUGGGCUCUUGACGUGGCCCGAAAAUUUAAACUUGUAGGGGCCGCUUUCUUCACCAUGUCUUGUGCUGUGAACAGUGUGUUUUACCACUGCCAAAAGGGAUGGCUUGAAGUUCCAGUUAAGAAGCAGGUUUUGCUGCCUGGAAUGUCUCCUCUUGAGCCUCGGGACAUGCCAUCUUUGGUGUGUGAUUUGGGGACAUAUCCAGGUUUCACCGGCAUGCUUGUGAACCAGUUCUCCAAUCUUGACAAAGUGGAUUGGGUGCUUUGCAAUACAGUGUAUGAACUUGAUCCAGAAGUUGCGGACUGGUUCAUGAAGAUCUUGCCAUUCAGGACCAUAGGACCAACAGUACCAUCAACCUAUUUAGACAGCAGGCUUGAACAAGACAAAGAAUAUGGCUUCAGCAUCUUUGAACCAGACCACGACACCACCAUGAGAUGGCUCAGCACAAAGCCAAAAGGCUCGGUCGUGUAUGUCUCGUUUGGGAGCAUGGCCGAGCUAAAGACCGACCAAAUGCACGAGCUAGCAAUGGGACUGAAGAGAAGCAACUGCUAUUUCCUCUGGGUGGUCAGAUCAUCAGAAGCAGAGAAACUCCCACAGGGCUUUGCAAAUUGUACCGAGACAUCCCAAAAGGGUCUAAUCGUGACAUGGUGUCCCCAGCUCGAAGUUCUUGCUCACGAGGCACUAGGGCUUUUCGUGACGCACUGCGGUUGGAACUCGACCCUGGAAGCGCUCAGCUUGGGCGUGCCAAUGCUGGCGAUCCCGCAAUGGACUGACCAGGCCACGAAUGCCAAGUACAUCAUGGAUGUCUGGAAGAUGGGGCUAAGGCCACUAGUUGAUGAGGAGAGAGGUGUUGUGACGAGUGAAGAGAUAGAGCAUUGCUUAAGGAAGGUAAUGGAAGAAGAAACAAGGAAGAAAAUGAAGGAAAAUGCAGGAAAGUGGAGGAAAAUUACCAAAGACGCGGUUGGCGAGGGCGGGAAAUCCGAUAGGAACAUUGAGGAGUUUGUUGCUAAAUUGGGUGCUAGGACUUAAAGAAGGGGAAAAGAGGAAUGUUCGAUAUUCGAAGAACGAUUGGGGCAGUGAUGGAUCUACUUAUGCUACUCCUCGUGUGAUAGGAAUGAAAUAUCUAUUUACGUAAAGCGUCAUUUUCGUUUA